GUCUCUUUCAAAAGGCCAUUGCUCAGAGCGGCACAGCCAUCUCUAGUUGGUCAGUCAACUACCAGCCCCUGAAAUACACCCGCAUGCUGGCCUCCAAGGUGGGCUGUGACCACCUGGACACCAGCGAGACGGUGGAUUGCCUGCGCCGAAAGCCAUACCGGGAGCUGGUCGACCAGGACAUCCAGCCGGCCCGCUACCACAUCGCAUUCGGGCCAGUGGUGGAUGGGGAUGUGGUGCCGGAUGACCCGGAGAUCCUCAUGCAGCAGGGGGAGUUUCUCAACUAUGACAUCCUGAUCGGGGUGAACCAGGGCGAGGGGCUGAAAUUCGUGGAGGACUCGAUGGAAAACGAAGACGGGAUUUCGGCCAGUUACUUCGACUUCACCAUCUCCAACUUCGUGGACAACCUCUAUGGCUACCCGGAGGGGAAAGACAUCCUGCGGGAGACCAUCAAGUUCAUGUACACGGACUGGGCCGACCGGGACAACGGGGAGAUGCGGCGGAAGACCCUGCUGGCGCUCUUCACCGACCACCAGUGGGUGGCGCCGGCCGUGGCCACGGCCAAGCUCCACGCCGAGUACCAGUCGCCCGUCUACUUCUACACCUUCUACCACCACUGCCAGACCGACACGCGUCCCGAGUGGGCCGACGCUGCCCACGGGGACGAAAUCCCCUACGUCUUCGGGGUGCCCAUGAUCGGCGCCACCGACCUCUUCCCCUGCAACUUCUCCAAGAACGAUGUCAUGCUGAGCGCCGUGGUCAUGACCUACUGGACCAACUUCGCCAAGACGGGGUGA